GAUAUUCCUUUCAUCUGCUUUAUCUAUUAAAUAAAUAUGAGGGAGUGUAUUUCAGUUCACAUAGGACAGGCUGGCGUUCAGAUUGGUAACGCUUGUUGGGAGCUGUAUUGCUUGGAGCAUGGAAUCCAGCCUGAUGGACAUAUGCCCUCGGACAAAACAAUUGGCGGUGGCGACGACUCCUUUAAUACCUUUUUUAGUGAAACAAGCGCCGGAAAACAUGUGCCACGAGCAGUAUUUGUUGACUUGGAGCCUACGGUUGUCGAUGAGGUCCGCACUGGAACAUACCGGCAAUUGUUCCACCCGGAACAGUUGAUCACCGGUAAAGAGGAUGCUGCCAAUAAUUAUGCACGUGGUCACUAUACUAUCGGCAAGGAAAUUGUUGAUAUUGUGCUAGAUCGGAUACGUAAGCUGGCGGAUCAAUGUACGGGUCUUCAAGGAUUCUUAGUGUUUCACUCAUUCGGCGGUGGCACAGGCUCCGGAUUUACCUCAUUGCUUAUGGAGCGUCUAUCAGUUGAUUAUGGCAAGAAGUCUAAACUGGAGUUCUCAAUCUAUCCAGCUCCACAAGUAUCGACUGCUGUAGUUGAGCCAUACAAUUCGAUUUUGACCACCCACACCACUCUGGAGCACUCCGAUUGUGCAUUUAUGGUUGACAACGAGGCCAUAUAUGACAUCUGCCGUCGCAAUUUGGACAUUGAGCGACCUACCUACAUGAACCUAAAUCGUUUAAUUGGGCAAAUUGUUUCCUCCAUUACAGCUUCGUUGCGCUUCGACGGAGCGCUCAAUGUAGAUUUAACUGAGUUCCAAACCAAUUUGGUUCCCUACCCACGCAUUCAUUUUCCUCUUGCCACAUAUGCGCCAGUAAUUUCCGUUGAAAAAGCUUAUCAUGAGCAAUUAACUGUCGCGGAAAUAACGAAUGCCUGCUUCGAACCCGCUAACCAGAUGGUCAAGUGUGAUCCAAGGCAUGGCAAAUACAUGGCAUGCUGUAUGCUUUAUCGUGGUGACGUUGUACCCAAAGAUGUGAAUGCAGCAAUCGCCACAAUCAAGACAAAGCGCUCCAUCCAAUUCGUAGACUGGUGUCCGACUGGCUUUAAGGUGGGCAUUAAUUACCAACCACCCACUGUGGUUCCAGGUGGAGAUUUAGCCAAGGUUCAACGUGCUGUAUGCAUGCUGUCUAAUACUACGGCUAUUGCCGAAGCCUGGGCUCGUUUGGAUCAUAAGUUUGAUCUUAUGUAUGCCAAACGCGCAUUUGUCCAUUGGUACGUUGGAGAAGGUAUGGAGGAAGGUGAAUUCUCGGAGGCACGAGAGGACUUAGCUGCACUUGAAAAGGACUAUGAAGAGGUGGGAAUAGAUUCUACAGCCGAAGUUGACGAAGGUGAUGAAUACUAAAGCAUGAUAAUAUAACGAUAUUAUUGAAAUUCAGAACGUGCCCUCGAUUUGAUUUUAACGCAAUCUUUUGCAAUUUAUGUGAACUUACUAUUAAACAUUCAAGCAUAUUUUCCUUUUAAAAAAUCAAUUUCUACUAAAAAAAGCAAAUAAAUAUGAUGAAAAAAC